CGUGGCGCCCGCCGAAACGAUUUGACUUCCCGUCCACUUCCCGAGCCGAUGCCUUCCUUCCUUUAUGACAGCUUCCCGUGCAGCUGCCCUCCAUCAGGCGUGCCUUGUACCUCGUGAAUGAUGGAAUGCAUUAUGAAGCCGUGACUAGCCCUCGCUCCUGUGAGUCAAUGCGUACUCGUACAGGAUGUUGCUUCCCCACGCUUGCUCACUCUCUCUCGUACCCUGGCUAUUAUGGGCUCGUGAUACUUCGAGAAUGAGCCAACCAUUGUGUCCAUCCGAAGCAUCCCCAGACUUCAGUCGUCCGACCUUCGCCUCAGUAUCACAUCAUAGCGCAUGUUUGACAUCUAUGUGCUACCCAACCCCAUCGGCGUAUCACUCAAUAUCGGCUGUUUCCGACAUGACAUCUAUAUCCCUCGUCACACACUCCGGGCAAAGCCACCAAAAGCCACGAGGCACCGCUUACCCACGGGUCAAAUCAGCUCAUCAUCACAAUGUCACUGCAUCAAAGCAUGCUUCUUCAUCACAUCAUCCCCCUGGUGAGCCUGAAUGAUGAUACCUUUUGCGCGAGCCAAUGAUUACUUAUCGACUUCUCGCUUCCCUGUUUCUUGAUAAAUCGAGCCGUUGCCCUUCUCUUCCGUCCACUCUUCCCUUCUCCUCGGGCGCAAGCUCAUGCACACGCCCCAGAGGAGCUUGCUUCACGUGCCAUUGGGGAAUCAGGAUCCGAGAUUC